UCCUGAGUCAGAACAGAACAAGGAGACUGUUGUCAGGGAGUCAGAGAACCAGAGGCUAGAACCAGUGGCUAUAGAGCCAUAAGCUAUAGAACCAGAGGCUAUAAAACCAGAGGCUAUAGAACCAGAGGCUAUAGAACCAGAGACUAUAGAACCUUAGGCUAGAACCAGAGGCUAUAGAGCCACAUGCUAUAGAACCAAAGACUAUAGAACCACAGGCAAUAGAACCAGAGGCGAAAGAACCGGAGGCGAGCUGGGUAAUCAUGUCGUUCCAAGGGGAAAACAGCACUGCUGCAGCUUCGAGUGGAGAAAGCAGUUGCUCCUCUGAAGAUGAAGGAGAUAUUCAGUGUGAGAUUCUGGAAAAGCAGAGGGAUGAGGCCAGUCAGAUGCUGUCUGAGAUGGAGGAAGUAUCCUCUCAGCUGUUGAAGGAGAUGGAUGUUCUAGAGAUGCAGUUCCAGAUUGAACGCUCCUGCAGGGAGAGUGCAGAGGCCCUCGCUGUCAAGGUGACAAAAGAGAACAAGGUUCUGAAGAGGAGGAGCCAAGCUCUGCUGCCACUCCUCCCUAAGCUUCCUGAAAACAUGGCCACCAUGACCUUUGACCUGGAGUCUGACCAGGGGGUCAACCCCAACCCCGAUGGGGACAGCGGUGAGGAGGCUGUGCUGCAAGGACAGGCACAGAUCAGAGAGCUGCAGGCCUCAGUGGAACAGCUGCUGAGGGAGAAGAUGCAGUUGUGUGAGCAGGUCGAUUCACUGAAGAGAGAGCAGAGCCAGCUUGAAGAACAGUUGGCCCAAGAGAUUGGGGAGAAAGAGGCCAUACUGAAGAAAUUGUCCAAGCAGAACAAGAACAUGAAUAAGAUGAAGAGAGUAUCCCAGCUAGUGACAGAGGAGUUCACAGAGAUCAGUCAGAAGCUGGACCUGGAACAGGGUCUCAGACAGCAUGCUGAGGUCUUCGCUCACCAGGGACCCUCUGCACACAUCAACGACAGUCACCCAGGAAGCAUCAUUACCCAUCGCUCCACAAAAGCCGCGGCCCUUGCAGAGCAAGGGGAACUACUACUUCAAGGUCUCAGAGCAAGUGACGUCACCGAUGUGGCAUGCCAUAGGAAGACAAAGAGCAGCAGUGGCCUCAACCAGGGCCCCGAGGGCAGUCCUAGAUUGACUGACGGGCAGGUGUUGGUGAAGCAGAAGGAGACCCAGAGACAGAGCAUGGUGCUGCAGCAGAGUUCAGAGACCAGUCUCCAGCUCCAACAUGCUCUGGAACAGGUGGCCCACAUUAGCAGUACCCUACAGGAGAUACAACGCUACUACCGAAACCAGGUGGAACUGACCGAGUGUGCUCUGGAAGAGAGCAGUGUUCUGUCUGAGCUGCAAUGUGUCAGAGGCCAACUGGAGAGCAGUGAGGAGGAGAGGAGGACCAUGGACACCCAGCUCAGGGAGGCUCAGAAGACUGUCACCCAGCUUCAGGGGGAAGUGAAACAGCUUGAGGAUAGGCUGAAAGACGCAGAGAAAGACCUGGUUUCAGAGAAGGACAACUUAACCCCUGCACUACCUCCUCCUCCUCCACCACCCCUGCCCCCACUGUCCUCCAGUACUGCUGUUGAUCCCUUAGUCGUCCUUCGCAACAAGAGGAAGGAGUCAGCCAACAACAUUGAUAAGAAAGAUUCGGACCACGAUGGACAUGAGCUGCAACUCUUCGUCUCUCUGGUCCAAAGGAAGCCUAUUCAUUGUGUUGUGUCCCUUUCUCCAACAGAGCCAGAUCCUACUUUGGACAUGAAGACCCGAGCGGUGGAUGCGAUGAUGGAGAGGAUAAAGAAAGGCAUUGUCCUGAGACCCACUCAGAGACCACAGGUCGGAUCAGAAGAUGACUGUGCCUGGAGGGACCAGAGGAUUGAGAAGAGAAAGUCAGCCGUGCUGCAGCUUAAAGGAAUGCUGGACACCAUAAAGCACCAAGGCCACAGGAGGGCAUGGUCACGGAAUAGGUUCAGCCGAAACGUGGGGGAGGCAGAGCUACAGAUGGUGCUACAGAGAAGGAGACGGGCCAUGGCGGAUGGACAGGACACCCCCAUCUCCGCCCCCUCCACUGCCAUAACCCCUACCAAAAUACAAGGCCCCCAGCCGGGCAGUCCAGCAGCAGGAGUACUUCCCUGGGCAGGAGAGAGUGGCAGCACCCCUGUACUCCGGAGGCUCCAGCAAAACAGAGAGAAGAGGAACUCCCAUAUCAGAGAAUCAAAACUGAUCAUCUGCCAGGAGAACAUCUGAAAGUUGGGAAAACGGAUGACUAGUUUUGGGAUACUGCACCACAGUGUUUCCCAAACCUCUCCUUGUGUACCCCCAGCCAGUCCACAUAUUUGAUGUAUAUGUGGAACCUUUGCCUUUAAUAAUAAUAGUAACUAAAAUGUGAGUGGCUUGGGUUAAGGCUUGACCUUAAUCUUUGGAAUUUGGAGACCCAAAGCGGUGCGCAUUUCUGUUUUUGCCAUAGCAGCACACUCCUGAUUGAAAUAAUCCAAGCUUGGUGAUGAGUUUAUGACUUGAAACUGCUGUGCAGUGCUAGGGAAAACAAUUACAUUUGGAUCACCAAGACCAGGAUCAAGAAACACUGGGUUAAGGGUAGUAAGCCAAUGGCAAAGACCUUUCUGUGGCAGUAAGAAUGUACACGGAUAUUCUACUUGUGCUGGGUGUGAGAAAUAACCCAUCCAUGAAUUUCUCUCAAUUCACAUUCAAUGUUGCAACGAGAAAAGCAAAGAGUGAGAAGAAUGUGGUUCUGCAUUGAUGCUCUUAUCGUGGAAUUCUUGGUGCAUUAUUGUCCCAAUGCUCUGAAUACUUGUCUCUUUUUGUGUAGGGGUCACUUCACUCUAAUACCUGCUAUGCUUCAGCUGUGUAAAAAAAAAAAAUACUUCAAAGUGGAAAUAAUACAAUAUUUUAUUCACAUCAUGCCUCAGUUGCCAUUUGUAAAUGGAAAGCACACAUGCAGUACCAGUGAAUGAAAAAUACACAUACCACCAGCAAAUAAUUUCUACUGUUUCUUUUGAAGAGUGGACAGCUUACCUUUCUUCUCAUUCUGCACUCUGGACCUCCUUGUAGCUAGAGACCUAGCACCUUAAUUAGCUCACACAACAGAGGAAUUGUGUCGGCUGCCAUUUAGGCACUUCAUAUACUUGGGUUGCCAAGGUGUUGUCGAGCUAAGAGCACUCAGGUGAUCUUAAAGGUCCUCCAGCUUCUGAAAGUGUCUGAAAUGGAGGCUGGAUGGAUGGCAGCUUUUUGAGUUCACACUUCCACACACCCCUGCUCUUUGGUAAAAGCAUUUGAAAAGGAUGGGAUUACUUUCACACUUUGACACCAUUUUAGUUUCUGUAGCACGCUGUUCUGCCAUUAUAUAUAUUUAUUUAAUUUGGCUGGCUCCUUUACUAGAAAGGUCUGCUUUUCACUUUCAGCAUACAUUUUUCAUUGUUUUUUUGCCACUCAAUCUCAAAGGUGGUGGAUUUUUAAAUAAUGUUGCUACUCCCUUCUGUGUAGGUGUGUCUCUCUCUGUGUGCGUAUGUAUGUGUGUGCGUGUGUGUGUGUGUGUGUGUGUGUGUGUGUAUGUGAUGAAAUCAACAGAAAUAAAGUAGCUUAUUUAUUCUA